GAUGGAGAAAAUUGAUCUGUCAUGUCUAAAUAUUAGUCCUGCUCUUUAAGAGCAAGUGUUGCGUCGUCCUGAAUGGUAUAUUCUACAGCUCCGGGCGGAAGUGAGCUCUUCCCUUGGUGUGCGGGCGAGGGGGAAAAUGGCGGCCCCGGGGUAUCUCACAUUUUUCAUUUUGGUCUUAAUGUCUGUGGACAAGAUGGUAGCCGUGACUCCUAGCCAUUAUCUCACACUACAUGAUGUUCAGAGGUUACAAGCUUCUUUGGAUCGUCCAUUCACUGAUUUGGAAGGAAGUUAUUAUACCAUCGUAGGAUUGAAUCAAUUAGGUGGGAAAGUGGCUGAUGAAAAGGCUGCUUGUAAUUUUAUAAAAUCUAAACUGGACCCCAAUAGUAUUGAUUCCCUCUUCUAUGCUGCACAAGGAAGUCAGGCAUUGGCUGGAUGUGAGAUUGCCAUUUCAAAUGAAACCAGGGAACUGCUACUUGAAGCUAUCAGUGAAGAUUCUUCAAUUACCCAGAUUUACCAUGCUGUUGGAGCUUUGAAUGGUUUUGGGCUUCCUCUUGCUUCCCAAGAAGCCCUGACUGCACUCACUUCUCGUCUUAGCAAGGAAGAGAACAUCUUGGCAACAAUUCAGGCUUUGCAGACUGCAUCGUAUUUAUCCCAGCAGGCAGAUUUAAGAAGCAUUGUGGAAGAAAUAGAGGAUCUUGUUGCACGAUUGGAUGAUCUAGGAGGAGUGUAUCUGCAGUUUGAAGAAGGGCUUGAAGCAACUGCAUUAUUUGUGGCUGCCACUUACAGACUCUCGGAUCACGUCGGCGCAGAGCCAGCAAUAAAGGAAGAUCAGCUCAUCCAGUUGGUGAACGCAGUUUUCAGCAAGAAAAACUUUGAGAUUCUGUCUGAAGCAUUCAGUGUGGCUUGUGCUGCAGCCUCCCUUUCCCAGAAUCGUUACCAUUUGCCGGUCAUUGCUGUGACAGACGGACCUGCUGCAGUCUCUCACCAUCAGCCAGUACUCACGCUCCAAGUGACAAAUGUGAUGUCACAGCCACUGACUCAAGCAACUGUAACCUUGGAUCAUGUCAAGUCUGUUGCAACUAAAGCCACGGUCCUUCAGCAGUCUCCUUUUUCUCUGUCUGGAGAAGUCUUUGAGCUGAAUUUCAUGAGUGUCAAGCCUGCUAGUGGCUAUUACGAUUUUACAAUCAGCAUUAAUGGAGACAGUCGAUUUAUAGCAAACAAAGUUGAGUUGAAAGUCAAAGUCUCAACUGAGGUUGGUAUUACAAAUGUGGAUCUCUUUACUGUGGACAAAGAUCAGAGCAUUGCACCCAAAACUACCAGGGUCACUUACCCAGCCAAAGCCAAAGGAUCAUUCACAGCUGACAGCCAUCAAAAUUUUGCCUUGUCCUUUCAAUUGGUUGAUGUGAACACUGGAGCAGAAUUAAUCCCUCACCAGACUUUUGUACGGCUUCACAAUAAAAAAACUGGGCAGGAGGUUGUGUUCGUUGCAGAACCAGACAACAAAAACAUAUACAAGUUUGAACUGGACACUUCUGAAAGAAAAACUGAGUUUGAUUCUGCCUCUGGAAUAUACACUCUUUAUUUGAUAAUUGGUGAUGCCACUCUGGAAAAUCCAAUCCUCUGGAAUGUGGCUGAUGUUGUCAUCAAAUUUCCAGAAGAAGAUGCACCAUCUACAGUCCAGUCAAAAAGCCUUUUCACUCCUAAACCUGAGAUACAGCAUUUGUUCAGAGAACCUGAGAAGAGGCCUCCCACUGUUGUCUCAAACACAUUCACAGCCCUGAUACUCUCCCCGCUGCUUUUGCUCUUUAUUCUGUGGAUAAAGAUUGGGGCCAAUAUUUCCAAUUUCAGCUUUGCUCCAAGUACCAUUAUCUUCCAUCUGGGUCAUGCAGCAAUGUUGGGGCUCAUGUAUGUUUACUGGACUCAGCUGAACAUGUUUCAAACUCUGAAGUACCUGGCUCUCCUUGGCAGCCUCACCUUCCUAGCAGGCAACAGAAUGUUGGCUCAUAAAGCAGUGAAAAGAACACGUUAAUGUCAGAAGAACAGAAGAACAGAAAAAAAACCCACCUUAAGUAAAAAAGGAAAGGAGCCAAAGAACAGUUUGAAGGCCAGAAACUGAAGUGUGGAAAAUAAUUGCCUGUAAUAUUAAAAAGUGUUUUUUAAGAAGAAAAACCCCCCCCAAAUUUUGUGUUUGCUUGAAUGUGUAAGUACUUUGAUUUAUGGUAUAACCACCUUGUCAGUAACUAAGAACUUUAGAACAGAUGGGCUCCCAAACUGUCAUUUUUUAAAAUCUUUUUUCUACCGCCUCCUUCAUGAAAUAAAGAGAAUAAGACAAAA